AUGACCCAAAACAAUGUACAGAUUUGUGGCCAACAAAUAUGUCAGAGAUGUAAGAAACAACUUGCUAUAGUGCUAUCGAGAAAGGAAUAUUUCUGUGAAGAUUGUUUCUGCAAGUUUGUUUCCUUGAAACAAAGAAAAGCUAUGAUGCUUGAUUCUUAUUAUCAAGAUAUUUUCAAAGUUAUGUACAAAGAUAAAAUCCGUAGUGUUGAAGAAGCAGAAUUAUUGAAUAAAAAUUCUAGGAUUUUAGUGCCCUUAUCAUUUGGAUCAUCUUCUUUGACCGUUUUGGAUAUUUUGAAUGAAACUUUAUUAGAGCAGAAGAAACAGCAAUUUGGUAAGACUGGGUUUACUGUACAUGUGUUGAAUUGUUAUCAGGCCCCAACAAGUAAUAAAUUAAAAGAAGAUUUUGAAAAAGCCAAGAGUUUAAUUCAUGAUCUUGAAAAUUAUCGUUAUUAUGAAAAUAAGGAUAACAUUAAAUUCUAUAUGGUGGAAUUAGACUCAUUCUACAACACAAAGGACCUCACAAAAAUUGUUUUAGAUAAUAAAGAUUUUAGCACAACUUUAACAGACUUCGUAUCAAAUAAUACACAAUAUACAUUACAUGAUUUAUUAUUAGAAUGCCCAAGUAAGUCUACAAGAGAAGAUUUUUUAACUAUAAUUAAAGCUCAACUUGUUAAAAAAUUUGCCUAUCAACAUAAAUUUAAAGCCAUUCUUUGGGGAAAUUCAAUGACUAAGGUAGCAGAUGAAAUUAUCUCAUUAAUUGUUAAAGGUAGAGGUGAACAAAUUGCUUCAAGUUUAAAUAAUUCUUCAGUCGAUCCAAUGACUGAGAACUGUGACCAUUCAUUUAAAAAUCUAUAUCCAUUAAAGGAUGUUCUAUUAUCAGAGGUUGAUACAUAUGUUCAUAUUAAAAGUCUAGAAAAAUAUUUGAUUAAUUACACAAACUCCGAUUCAUUAAUGAUAUAUGAUAAAUUUAAUGGUGAUAAUAAUAUUACGUCUAGUAAACCAUUAGUUAAAAAUAUGACUAUUAAUGAUAUUUCCAGAAAGUAUUUUCAAACUAUUGAAGAUGAUUAUUCAAAUAUUAUAUCUACUGUAGUUAGAACUGGUGAAAAAUUGGGCAAUCCUACAAAUCAUUCAUCUACGAAGUCUAAAAAAUGUACAAUUUGUAAUAGUAUCUUUAUUAAUGAGCCUGCUAAUUGGUUAACUACAAUUACAGAAACGGAAGGUCAUCCGAUUGAGACGGAAGAAGAAAAGGGAUUAUAUAUGAGAUGGCAGCAAUCAAUAGACCAUUCAACCGAAACAGAUGUUGUUGAUUCAAAAAUAGAUAAUACUAAUAAACCUGAUUUACUUUGUUAUGGUUGCACAGUAAUGUUAAAUACCGUAAAUAAGCAGCAAAUUAUAUGGCCAAAAAAUGAUCAAGAUGAAUUAAAUGAUAUAUUAAAGGAAUUCGUUUUAACGGACGAUAAUGAAGAUUGA